AUGGAAGACCUUCAGAUUGAUGAAUAUGCGUUUGCCAUUAUAGCAUCAGAUCCUGAAGGCGAUGAAUUAACUUACUUCAUCACAGGCCAAAACGCUUAUUACUUCAACGUAGAUGAAAACACCGGAAAUGUAACUGUACGGUCUGAAAUGGACAGAGAGACCUCAAAAACUGUUACCAUAAUUUUGGAAGAUGCCAAUGAUAAUCACCCUGUGUUUAAUCCCCCUUCAUAUUCUGUGGUUGUUCCAGAGAACACCUCAGUGAACACUCUCCUCUUUCAGGUGUCAGCCACUGAUGCAGACAUUGGAUUAGCAAAGACCACUGUUUACAAAAUUGACAGCGUUGUACCAAGUAGUGGCUUUGACCUGUUUUCCGUUUCUGAAACAACCGGUCAAGUUAAACUAGAAGGACAAUUAAAUUCUACAAGUAAAAGCAGCUUCUAUCAGAUAAAGUUCAAUGCAUCGGACAAAGGUGGCAUGCUUAAUGGAGAAUAUGUUGUUCAAUCCAACGUGGCAUUUGGCUCAAUCACCGUCAUCGAUGUUCCGGACCUUGACCCACAGUUCAUAAACCUUCCCUAUUCAGUCACUGUCAAUGAACAUACACCUGUGGGCACCAGUGUGUUUCAAGUGCAAGCUAUAGAUCCUGACACAUGGGUUAAUGCCAAAAUUGUCUACAGCAUUCAAGAUACAAAUGUACCUGACCUGUUCAUGAUAGAUGAAAAUACUGGAGACAUAUUUGUCAAAAAAAUAUUUGAUAGAGAAGAAUUUUUGGAUAUUAAUGCUGUUGUUACUCUCAGAGUGAUGGCCCAGGAAACCACAAUAAAUGUUCAUGGAGUAUUUGCCAAUACACUGACCAACGUGGAGAUCACGAUAGGAGAUAUUAAUGACAACAAGCCUGAAUUUUACGACUGUACGGCUCAACCUUGUGUUCCAACAACCGUCUUUAUUGGCUACAUCGAUGAACACUCUCCCCCGGGCGAGCCUGUGAACGGACUCAACAUUCUGGCUGAAGACAGUGAUGAGGGAUCAAAUUCCAGGUUCACCUUAAAGCUGGCUGGACCAGACAAAGAUGCCUUUACAGUGUUUCCACAAUCUGUUACAUCCAAUUCUCAAGUGGAAAUUCAAGUCAGAAACUCAAAAGAUGUUGACUAUGAAGCAAAUAAAACUAUGAUAGUGAAGAUUGUUGCCACCGACAGUUCCAACACAUAUUGGCACUCCACGGCCACUGUCACCAUCGAGAUCAACGAUAUCAAUGACAACAGCCCCGCAUUCCAGCAUGAGAUAAACAAUUUAGAGGUUGAAGAACACAGCUCAAAUGGAUACAUUAUAGCAACUAUCACAGCAACAGAUCCAGACACUGCAGAUGUGGACAACAUUACAUACAGGCUUUUACCACAGAACAUCCACAAGUACAUUGAUGUUCAUCCAAAGAAUGGCAGCAUUCAUGUGGUGAACGACACGCUGCUGGAUCGGGAGGUCAUUCCCUCUAUUACGGCAACUUUAGACGCAACAGACAGCGACAACAAAUUGGGAAGAACCAUCUUGGUGAUCACACUCCUAGAUAUAAAUGAUAUGACACCAUACAUACCCAGAAAGACAUAUGAUGAAUAUACGUCAGAAGGACCAAAAGGGAAAGUAUCAGUUACAAUCCAGGCUACUGACAGGGAUGAAGAGGGAACUGAUAACAGCAGGAUCCAAUACAAUAUUAUUGACACAGAGUUCAGUGACAACUUCACCAUUGAUAAAGACACUGGCUUAUUACAGAAUAAAGGACCACUAGACAGAGAGGCCAUUAACAUCUCACUGAAUGGGGAAAUCCGGCUAAAUGUGACGGCUACAGAUAUGGGGGUAGAACAGAAAUCCACAGAUGUGAUGGUCAUAAUUACUGUAGAGGAUAUCAAUGACAAUGCACCCCAGUUUGGAAAUAAAUCUUAUGUCUUCACUGUCAAGGAAAGUGAGAUGGGAGCGUUUGUAGGCUCAGUAUUUGCAGAUGAUGCGGACCAAACUAUGACGAACAAUCGUAUCUCUUUCCGCAUUACGGAUGGCAGCUUUGGAAAUUUUCUUGUCAUCACCUCAGCAGCAGAAGAUGGCAGUGGCUACAUUGGCAAUAUAUCUGUGGACCGUGAUGUUGAACUAGAUUACGAGCAAGGAAGAAGGUCAUAUAAUCUCAAAAUUGAGGCCACUGAUAUGGUGAGCACAGACCUAGCUGAUGUGAAAGUGAUUGUACUGGAUGUAAAUGACGAGCGGCCAGUUCUUCCCAAAGAUUUGACACUGCAUGUGCCUGAGAACACUACAGGCCUAGGGGAGGUGGGCAAGAUUGAAGCACAGGACCCCGACACCAACAGCUCUCUCAUCUACGAGUUACUCUCCAUGCAGUGCCAUUGCAACGGCACUGUGGGUCCCUGUGAUGAAGAAUGGUUCACACUGGAGUCCACAGGAGCCAUAAUAGUUAAUGAGGAUUUCGUAAUUGAUUACGAAACAUGUGACCAGGUUAAACUGGAAGUACACGUGGUGGAUGUCUUUACUGAGAAAGGAGAGAAUCACAGUGUCGCAGGUUAUGUGACAAUCAAUAUUGAUGACAUCAAUGACAAUGCUCCAACUUUCAUAAAAUCUGAUGGAGUCUUUGUUGCGCUCAGUGAAAACACCCAGCAAGGGACAUCCGUGGCCCAUGUUUCAGCAACUGACAGGGAUUCUGGAAACAACAAGUUGAUCAAGUUUGAAGUGCUGUCAGUACAAUUUAUCGACACUAAUAAUGACCAGAUGCAAACAGACAAACUCUUCAGCGUGGAAACAACAGCAGUGCAGGAUAUUUAUAGAGGAGAUAUCAGGUGCCUUGGAAGUCUGGACGUUAGCUUAAGAGGAAAGUACCUGGUAACAGUUGAAGCAAAAGACACUGGAAACCUUGCAACAGCAACUCACAUAGAGAUUUACACAAUUGACAAAUCUUACCGUGUUGGCCUUCGUUUUGAAAACUCAGUGGAAUAUGUCAGUUCAAAUCUGGCUGAAAUUAUUAGGGCUCUUUCAGGAGCAACUGGAGCAAUUGUUCACAUUUUGGAGGUGGUGGCUGAAAGUACCAAACAAAGAGCAACAGAGAUAACGCUUUUGGAGGCAUAUUUCAUAUAUCCCAAUGGAAGUGCACUCGAUUCUAACAGUGUGGAAAGAAUGCUGCAAGGUGACCUAUAUUUUGGUGGUAUACUGGGGAAACACGGCCUCACAUACAUUGAGUUGGGUGGCACAGAGAAAAAGGAUGUUGAUCCUGUGUUCCUUAUUUUACUCAGCUUGGUAGCUGGUCUGGUUAUCGUAUUGAUGAUUAUGAUAACGUCACUUGUGUGCACUCAGAGGAGCUACAAGAGAAAGCUGAAGGCAGCCAAAGCCAUGAGCACAGCUGCCAUGAGGACAGAGAAUCAAACAUCUGGAGUAGUAGUGCCUGGUACAAAUAAGUACACCAUGGAAGGAGCAAACCCUGUGCUGAAUAUGAACAUUGACGCCUCCACAGACCUGGGCUUCGAUGAAGAAGCUUCCAGUGAUGAUAAAAUGAGCCUCAACUCCUUGGACUACAACAUGGAUACGAACAUUAUGGACAAGGAUGAUAUGCAAAUGAUGGUGAUCCAGGAGGAGGACGAAGAUGACGACUACAUCGAGCCACUCAGUGCUGCACUGGCACAACGAGGCAAGAAUAAGAUGGAACCAAUGAGGGGCACGCCAGCACCCGUCCUGAACUGGUGAUCCCCAUCAGGCCCUGAC